AAAAAGGCAGUUCAAUAAAAUGCAAAGUCUACCGAACUUGCGCCGAAGGAAAGAUCCGAGAAAUCAAACGGUAGCUUUGUAUUUUCACAGCAUCGCUUUUAGUUGUUUUUCCGUCACCCAGGGUAAGUGAGUGAUCGCACAGCUUUUUCUGAGAGGAGUUGUUUUGGUUAUGGGUUGUCGGUGUACUGCUAAAAAUCGACUGCAGCGAUAAGUUAGCGACGCAGCUAGCUAACUAGCUAGCUGUUGUUUCAAAUAGCUAGCGGGCCACAAGCUGAACUGGAACCUGGACUGGGAAGUGGACAUAAACAUCCAGAAAGUAGAAGAAUACGGCCGAGAUGAUCGAGGUGGUGGCCUCCUUGUCCCGAGGCCCGGUGUUCCUCGCAGGGGAGCUGUUGGAGUGUCUCAUCACUUUCACCAACCCCAUGUCUCACCUCUCUACCUCCGCCAGCAGUGAGAUGCUGGCCUGGGCCAGUGCCCAGAUUCACUGCCAGUUUCAUGCCAGCGAGAGCCGCGUGGCCCUGCCGGUCCAGGGGAUGAAGCAGGACGUGCAGGCGGGGAGUGACACCGUGCUCAUUCCCAGCAGGGGUGAGCGCGGGCAAUGCAUGUUGGACACCCCCCCGAAGAUACUGUUCUGUGACCUAAGGCUGGACCCAGGAGAGAGCAAAACUUACUCGUACAGUGAGAUCGUGCCCACAGAUGGCCCCCCCAGUUUCAGGGGACAGGCUGUGAAGUAUGUCUAUAAGUUGACCAUCGGUUGCCAGCGCGUCAACUCACCCAUCAAACUGCUGCGUGUGCCCUUCCGAGUCCUGGUGUUACAUGGCAUGCCUGAGCCCCCAUUCCCCCAGGACGAGGAGGUGGCCCCCUCUAACCCCUUCUUGGAGGAGGAGGAGGGUGGUAGGAGAGAUGCUCGGCCCCUGGAGAGAGCUCUGGACAUGUUAAUGGUCACCACCUCUCGGCGCUGUCCCCAUCUGUUCAACAUCACCAACAUGCGUGGGAAGGUUGCAAAGUUCUGCAUCUUUAAGACUGUGUACAGACUUGGGGAGGAUAUUAUCGGCACAUUCACUUUCUCCGAAGGAGACAUACCCUGCCUGCAGUACUCGGUCAGCUUGCAGAGUGAGGAGGAGGUCCAGCAGCAGUACCAGCGGCGGCCUGGUCAGUCUGUCAGCAUCACGAGUCACGGCCGGCACCUGGAGUCCUGCCUGCACACGGCUUCCAGCCACUUCUCCCUGCCCGUGCCCCUCAACGUCACCCCCGGCUUCAGCACAGACAUCGUUUCCCUGAGGUGGCGCCUGCACUUUGAGUUUGUUACAGCCCGGGAGCCCGUGGAGUCGCCCACCGUGCUGCAGAACCAAUCAGAAGUCACAGUGUGGACGGGGGCGGGUCACGUGGAUGUGGACACCUUCAGCUGGGACCUGCCCAUCAAAGUGCUGCCCACCAAUCCUGCCUUGGCUUCCUACGUGUCCCAGUUUUCAGGGACUAACAGCAUCAAUAUUUAAGGGCAAAGUCGAACACGGUGGAGGAGUGUGUGUACGUACGUCUGUGUGUGUGUGUGUGUGUGUGUGUGUGUGUGUUUUUACAAGAGCAGAAGGGGUUGGCUGGGGUGGGUUGAGUCAUGUCAUUGGGAGGUAAUAAAGGUAGCUUAUUACAUUUGCUCUGCAUUUUAUUUUGAUAUUGUUUGUCUGCAGUGCAUGCAGGAUUACCUUCACCUUUAUAAAGAAAUUCAGUGAGUGACAAUGAGCGCUUUGAUCCACACCAAACAGAGCAAAGGUUUGUUUUACAGGCACUCUAACUUUUUUCUUCGCAUUUCAUGUUUUAACUAAUUCAGAAGUCCGCAUAUUGUCCAAAGUCCUGUCCAUGUGGAGUAAGUCAUCUGUCCGGAAUGGUCACUGUUUGUUAAUUCAACGGUUGCAAAAAUUCUGUAUGUUCUCGGUUAAUUUUGCCCAGUGACUCAUGAAUUAAAGAGAACGUGAAUCAUAAUUCAUAUCUGGGAAGGGCAUGUCAGGAUUCAAGUCAAAUUAAAAAUGC